CUUUCAGAGUUAAUACUUUCAACAAAAUUAAGCAAAUUUUAUUAACGAAUAAUGAAUAUAAAUUUUAAAUCGAAAUUUUUACGAAGUAAAAGGACGUACGUUUGACGUGUUAUAAUGCUUCCGUCAAGUGAUUUAUAGCAUCAGUAACUGUUUCAUUGUAAGUGACAUAAAUAACAGAAGAAGAAUACAUACAGUUCUACUUGUAAUUUGGUAUUCCGAAACAUAAACUCGAUGAAGAUGAAAUCUCUGAUCGCUGACUUUCCGAAGGGUCGGUUGGAUUCUUACAGAAAACGUGCAACGUUCGACUGGAAAUUACUAAAACUCAAUUUAGAAGGAGAGGAGUUUGUGUACUAUCAGAACAGUCUGUGGGAUUUUAUUAAAAAAUCACCGAUAUUUCAAAGACGCGUUUGUCAUACGUUGGACGAGGAACGAAAGCUUUGCAAUGCUCGAAUCAGGGCGCUGAGAGAUAACAAUAUUACAAAUCCAAUCACCCAUAUGCACUGGUUCAAUAUUCUCUUCCAAUAUGACGCCUCGAUACCGAUUAAAGUAGGUAUAAUGCAAGGCCUGGUGCCAACCACAUUUAUCGCUUUAGGUUCUAAAGAUCAGUAUGACGUCGCAGAGAAGAUUGAAGAUGGGAAGUACAUGUGCUGUUUCGCGUUAACGGAGAUAUCCCACGGAACAAACGCAAAAGGCAUAAGAACCACGGCAACGUACGAUCCGAAUUCAAAAAGCUUCAUUUUACACUCCCCCGACUUUGAAGCUGCUAAAUGUUGGGCCGGUGGUUUAGGAAAAACUGCAACGCACUCUGUCGUCUUUGCACAAUUGAUCACGCCGGAUGGUAGAAAUCAUGGCCUUCACACUUUCAUCGUGCCUAUCCGUAAUCCAGAGACACAUAUGCCUCUACCCGGCGUUACUGUCGGCGAUAUGGGUGAAAAAAUAGCGAUGAACGGCGUGGACAAUGGAUUCAUAAUGUUCAAUAACUACCGUAUCCCUCGUAAUUCUUUGUUGAAUCGAACGGCAGAAGUCACGGAGGAUGGAAAUUACGUGUCGGCCGUAAAGAAUAAAAACAAAAGAUUUGGCGCGUCGUUGGGUGCAUUGUCUUCUGGCCGAGUCACGAUCACGUCUAUAUGCGCAAAUUUAGCCUCCGUUGCUAUAGUUAUCGCUAUUCGUUAUUGCGCGGUAAGGAAACAAUUUGGACCGUCAGAAUCCGAGGAAUGGCCGGUUAUCGAAUAUCAAGCGCAGCAAUGGCGACUGUUCCCUCACUUGGCGGAGACGUACGCGAUAAAAAUAUUUUCCGCCAAAUUUGUGCAACAGAUGUUUGAGUUUCAAAUGAAACUCGUGAAUCCGGAAAACCAUGAUCAGAUCGAUAGCGAAGGUAUGGAAAUUCAUGCAUUGUCUUCUGCGUCCAAACCGCUGUGUUCAUGGACUAGCAGAGAUAUUAUUCAGGAUUGCAGAGAAUCCUGCGGCGGGCACGGAUACUUGAAAAUGUCGCGUCUGGGUGAUUUAAGAGCUGAAAACGAUGCAAACUGUACCUACGAGGGAGAGAACAACGUAUUAAUUCAACAAUCCAGUAAUUGGUUGCUGAACCAAUGGUCGAACAUGCUCAAUGGAAAGCCCAUAAAUUGUCCUCUUAGGUCAAUAGAUUUCCUAAACGAUGCCAAAGACAUUUUACUGCAAAAAUUCUCUUGUACGACAAUUCAUGAAACGUUAAAACCAGAAAAUUUAUCUUUAUCCUGCAAAUGGCUAAUAUGCUACUACUUAAAAAGAACGCACGAACACGUACAAAAUUUAAGAAGCAAAGGUUUUAAUGAUUUCGAAAUUAGAAACAAUACGCAAGUAUUCUUCGCGCAGACUUCGUCUCUAUUGUAUGGACAGCAUUCCAUAAUGGAAUACUUCAUAGAGUCCACACGGAAUUCCGCGUGGAGACCAGAGGAGCGCAAUGUGUUAACAAAAUUGUGUUCACUUUACGGAGCAGUUGCAGUGGAAAAGAGAUUAGGGGACUUUUAUGCGGGUGGUUAUGCAACGCCUAAAAGUAACAUGGAUAACUUAGUACGAGAAGGCAUCGUGACCUUGUGCAGAGAAUUGGUUCCAGAAGCUGUGGCUCUAGUCGAUGUUUUGGCGCCACCAGAUUUUAUCCUAAAUUCACCGUUAGGAAUGGCCGAUGGCGAGGUGUAUAAACAUAUCAAAGAGUGGAUUUUCAAAGACAAAGAAAACUUCGAACGGCCAUCAUGGUGGAAAGAAAUAAUACGAUCGAAUUUAUAACAUGUAUAUACGUAUAAUUAAUUUUUUUAUUAUAUUUUUAAUAUUUUUAUGUUAUAUCGAUACAU